GUUAUUUUGGGUUGGACAGAACAAUCACAGGAUUGUUCAUUUUUGCAGCCAUUUCAGCGUAUAAAAACCAAAAACCCACCCACCUUGCAUGUUUGCUUGUUCCUAAAUUACAAUUUUCAAAGCCAGACAGACAAACAUGUCCGAGAAUAUUGAGUCCAAUUCUCCUUCGCUUUCCCUCUUUAUCUGAAAGCUAUAAGUCCCAUGUUUUGUGUGAAAGAGUGUGCGACUGUCGCUGAAUUCUGUGCUCUGCUGUUGAAACUGUGGUUUUCGAUUUCCUGGUUUUGGAAGUGAUCACUUGGCUAAUCUAUUCGAUUGGGAGAUUAAAUUCGUAUGGAGUGUUUUGACUUCUGGAAGAGAUAAUGGUGCAGUGCCUAGACGGAUUAAAGCAUUUGUGUGCUGCUCUGGUAAAUUGUUGUGAUGCCGAUUCGUCAAAGCAACCUACAGGUUUAGAAAAUCCAGAAGUUCUUGCAAGAGAAACAGUGUUUAGUGUAAGUGAGAUUGAAGCGCUGUAUGAAUUGUUCAAGAAGAUCAGCAGUGCAGUGAUUGAUGACGGACUAAUUAAUAAGGAAGAAUUUCAGUUGGCAUUGUUCAAGACGAACAAGAAAGAGAGCUUAUUUGCAGAUAGGGUGUUUGACUUGUUUGAUACAAAGCACAACGGGAUACUUGAUUUUGAAGAGUUUGCACGAGCUCUCUCUGUCUUUCAUCCCAAUGCACCAAUUGAUGAUAAGAUUGAGUUCUCAUUCCAAUUGUAUGAUCUCAAACAGCAAGGUUUUAUUGAAAGGCAGGAGGUAAAACAAAUGGUAGUGGCCACUCUAGCCGAAUCUGGCAUGAAUCUUUCAGAUGAUGUGAUCGAAAGUAUUAUUGACAAGACAUUUGAGGAAGCUGAUACCAAACAUGAUGGGAAGAUUGACAAGGAAGAAUGGCGAAACCUUGUCUUGCGGCAUCCAUCCCUUCUGAAAAAUAUGACUCUUCAAUAUCUCAAAGAUAUCACCACUACAUUUCCCAGUUUUGUUUUUCACUCACAAGUUGAUGAUACUUGAGGCAAACUACAGCAUCCAUGUCAGUUUCAGUGUUCUUGACUGGGAAUGGUCUUCGAUUGACUUGUGAAUGAUGACCGGGUUCUAUGUGAAGGAUUCGGUACGGGGUGGAUAUGGAGUUUAUUUAUAUUUUCAUUACAAGUAGAACUUUGUCUUCCCGUUUUUGGAUGGAUGAGGUUUGUAGAUUGAACAAAUGGGUUUGAUUAUUUAUUUAUUUGCUUCAUUUGAGAAUAAAAGGGGGAACAAAAUAGAAUAUUCAGGCAUUUCAGCAUUAGCACUUUGGAAUUAAUUUUGGUGAGAAAUAUGUUUACCAUAAGUCUUGUGCAAUGGCUUCAGCAAUCUGUGAAGAGUUCUUUGAGCACAUGCCCUGGGUUGAGAAUUGCUGCUCCAAAAAACUUAAGUGCAUGUCAGUUGUUGUGCUUAAAGCCAACUCUAGCUUUCCUCCUUGACAGAAAGAUAAUGCCCCUCUCUAUCCAAUUUAUUUCACUCUUAUAUUUGCCAUUAUUUUUGGCUAGGCUAUUGAUGAUUAAAAAUCAAUUAGCAGCGUAUGUUUUCUUGUAAUUACAUUUUUUUGCAAGGGUAUGUAUUUGAGAAAUUAAUUGAAAA